AUGGCGGGGGCAGGACGACAACAACAACGGCAGGGGAAAGACGAUGACGGCAAGGGGCAAGACAAUGAUGGCAAGGGGCAAGACAAUGACGACGGCAGCGGGGGUGAAGGGUGCCCCCACCCUUGCCCCUCAUCCACACCCUCGUCUUCUCCCUCGCCCUGUCGCCCUCUGCCUUGCCCUGUUGCCCCUCGUCUGCCCCUCUCUCAUCCCUUGUUUGCCCACUUCCUCGCUGUCUCGCCCCUCGUCCGUCCACCCCUGGCAUCCCUCGUCCACCCCUGGCAUCCCUCGUCCACCCCUGGCAUCCCUCGUCCACCCCUCAUCGGUCCCUUGUCAACCCCUCAUCCACCCCUCACUCGCCCUCGCCCCUUGCUUGCCCCUUGCUUGCCCUCGCCCCUUGCUUGCCCUCGCCCUCUGCCUUGCCCACUCUCCCUCUCGCCCACUCGCCCUUUCACCCACUCGCCCUUCUGCCCACUCGUCCUUCUGCCCACUCGCCCACCUCGCCUUUGCCCUUUCGCCCUUUCACCAUCACUGUCACCAUUUGCCAUCGCCGUUUGCCCUUCACCGCCCUUCACCUCCUGCUCAGCACCCGCCACUAGCAGCCCAAGCAGAAGGGGGAGCAUGAGGAGGGGGGAGCAUGAGCACCCGAAGAAUCCCCACAAGCACCCGAAGAGGCCCAACGAGCACCCGAAGGGGCAGAGGGGGCAGAAGGGGGCCCCACGAGUGCAGGAGGGGGCGGAUGGGUCCCCAAUGAGCACAGGAGGUGCAGAUGGGCCCCCCAUGAGCAGCAGAGGGGGCGGAGAGCACGGGUGGAGAGCGUGGAGGGGGUGGAAGUGGCCCCAUGAGGGGUUGAGGGAGCCCCAACGAGCGCAGGAGGGGGCAGAGAGGGCAGAAGGGCCGUGGGGGGGACCUGUACCUGCAUCCCUGAGCAGAAACAGCGCGUCAUAG